AUGUCAAGAGAUAUUAUGUGGGCAGAGCAGAGAAUGAAACGAUACUACGACAGAUCAAAAACUUUUAACAUCAAGAGCAAGCGACCAAGCAACAAGCUCGACAUAGUCAAAUUUAGACUAUUCACGAUUAAGGAAAAACUCGCUAAUAAUAACUAUAAACUCCAAUUACCAGCCAGAAUGCACAUACACCCAAUAUUUCAUAUCUCAUUAUUGGAACCCACAAAAAACCCAGAAAACAGUGAUGAAGAAGCAGAUGAAGAAGAAUACGAAGUUGAGAAACUACUUGAAAGAAAGUUAGAAAAGAGACAAAUCUAUUAUUUGAUUAGGGUUUGGAACUAUAAGGGAUCUCCGGAAGGAUUAGCCUAG